AUGCUACUACCCCCUGAGGUAGGAGGUGUUUUAAUCAUCAUCUUGUGCCAUAAACAACACGAACAAGCAGCAGGAACAAAAGUCUUUUACCACGAGGACCUUGAAACAGAUCUCGAAUUUCUUCGCGGGCUAUCACCCGAAUGCUGUUCCGACCUGACGGAGUUGUCUGUUUGCUUGCAUCUGCAUGGCGGAUACCCAAUAUCAGCCAAGUGCAUCCCUCUUAGUCAAAAACAGAUUGCCGACUGGCAAGCUGCUGCCAAACACGUUUUCUCUAAUGCAACACUGGGAAAAUUGAAGUUAGAUCUGGUAUGCGAUACAGGAGAGGAGGACAGCGAAUCUACCUCAGCGAUCCUUCAACCCCUGCUAGAUUUUGCCGGUGUCCUGGCCGAAUGUGAACUUCGAUUGCACGACAAGAAAAAUAGUCGCAUAUCCAAGUAUGCUGAAGAGGUAGCCCUUCGUGCUAAAGGAUUGGAUGCGAGUUUACGAAGGCCUUUCCCGUUUAUGCAACUACCAACGGAAAUUAGGCACGAGAUACUAAGAUACACAGACCUGGUCGCGCCAAGUAACCAGGUCCAAUGGAGUCCAAGCGAAGGCUUUCACAUUUGUCGUUGGAUCUGCUGCAUCCACGAUGAAUGUGGUUUUUGUCGUAAUGGUCGUUGCUCUAAGUGUCAACCGCUGGGCUGCUUGACGCCUGAAUAUGGUUGGCGUGUGGCCCGGGUCGACUUCUGUCGUCUUGUUUGCAGCGGGUAUUCACCGCGCUGUCGGUGUUGGACUCCACCACGAUCUCUUAUGCUUGUUAAUCGUACCAUAUAUCAGGAAGCAUGCGACGUCUUCUACACUUAUAACCGCAUUAUCGUAUUUCCUAUAGUUCUCAAUGGCAACCACGUAACUCACUCUUCGUCGGGAAACAAUCGACGCCCGCUACGCUUACCGAUAUCACAAUUCAUUCUAAGAUAUAGACAGCCGAGCAUCCUCUCUCGUCUGCGUUGUCUCGAGAUUGUAUUUCCGCCCAUCGAUCCGGAUGCGUACCCAGAGGAACCUCAUCCUCUAUAUUCAGAUUGGUCGCAUGCUAUAGACCUCCUCAGAAUCCAUGCGAAUGUCGCCAACUUGAAAAUUAAUAUUCAUAUAAUGUUUCGUGGGUCUGACAACUGGAGAUCUCAGUAUUUCGUCAAUGAAAUGAAACUGGCAAACAACAAUACUGAAUCUUUAUUCAAGAUCCAUAAACGCCUUUUGGAACCAUUGCAGGCAUUGCAAGGGAUGAAGAGCUUUUACGUUCAUCUAGAAUGGCCGUGGCAUUGGACAUUGAAGGCCCGCCAGGCGCCCGGUAGGUGUUUAGGGGAAACUAGACCGUGCGGGUUCUGCAAAAGCUGCCUCGUCGACAAAAUAGAAAGCUGGUUGGAGCAGACUGUUAUGGGUGAUGAAUAUAAUAGUCAUGCGAUUGGAAAGUCGAAGGAAACACCCAGAAAUUGGCUUAUUAAGGAAUGGAAAACGUUUGUUUUCUGGGAUCUUACUCGCGUUUAUUAA